GAGUAAACCUACUACUACGAAGCAAUCAAUUAUAAUCGUAUAACAAUAUCUCAAAUUCACAAAUGUGCUCGUCAUAAUAUUGUAUUUUGGAUUAAGGAUCAAUUUUAACACACAGCACUAUCGUUGCAUAUGAGAGACGCUUGUUACCUGUGAAGACACACUUGUCAAGAGUUAAGUGCAUCAGUUUUAUAGAUGAGUUGAGUUUAUUGGUGCCACAAGGAGAAUGGGAGCAGGAGCAUCAAAGGAUGCGGACAAACUGGUCGAGGAGAGAAUCUUCCAGCUGAUUAGCAAAUGUAUGAAGAGCCUCCCAUUUCCACCAGGUUCUGUUACGGAGGGUGUGGUCCGCAAGGUGUCGGCAAAAGCUGAACGCGUUGAGCUGUUGCCAGAUCAAGAAAUCUUGAAGAAAGGUCAAAGAGCGACUGGUAUAUAUAUCCUACUGGAAGGAGAAGUCCAUGUGUUGUCGUCAAAUUUAAAUACUCUCGCAACGCUAUUACCGGGAGAUAUUUUUGGUGAAGUUAGCACUUUGUUUUAUAUUCCUUGUACGGCUCUUGUAAAAACAAAAUCAAAAGCACUAUUAAUUCUAUUGAAAACAGAGAAUUUACGAAGUGCACUAAAUGAUGUUGUUGUUAACGUGGACUUAGUAGACUAUUAUGUCUUAAUGAGGUACUUAGAUACCAAUGGGACUCUUAGCCAACCGGAACUUAUGCAUCGUAUAGCAGUGUAUGCAUUGAAGCAGGUGCCACUGUUUCAUAAUUGGGCAGAAAGUGCAAUAGAGAGUUUAGUACAGAAGACAGAGACUGAUAAUUAUGAAUGUUUAGUGAUUUUUCCAGCGGGCUCAAUGAUACAACAGGUGGGACAGCCAGCCGACGAGAUAACAAUUAUAACAAGAGGAAGUGUCGAUCUACUACAAGGCGAAAAGUGCAUUGCCACUUUCAACACUAAGCGGUGGCCAUUUUGGAUAGGUGAAGAAGUGUUUCAAUUUAUGAAUCAAAACUCAACUCAUAACUAUAAUGGUCUCUAUUCUGGGAAAGACAGGCAAACUAGUAUAAAAGCUACCACUGUAUGUCAAGCACUGAUCAUCAAGAAUUCACACAUAAAGGACAUUUCAGAGAGGUACAAGUCUGGCGGUGGAUUAGCCUUAAAGAAAACACUGGAUCAGUGGAGUCAAUUAUACAAACGCUGGACACCAGAGUUAUUUCAGAAAUAUCAGCCGUACUUACAGAUUGAGGCACUAUUGAAGCAACUCGGUGGUGCUCCACUUCUCCAGGAUGUACCGGUUGGUUUCCUUUAUGCUCUUGUUAUGAAAAGUGCUGUCCAUGAGUACCAAGAAGGCAUGACGGUUGUAGCCGAUAAAAGCAAUCAUAAAGCCAGUCUUAAGAGAAGCAGCACAAGGAGAAAGUCUAUGAAACGAGAAUCGAAGCAGAAUUUAUCUGACGCUGCCGCAGUUUUGGAACCUGGCAAAAUCUAUGCACGUUUUGUAUACGAUCAUUUAAAAGAUGAUGACCGAUUUUUACUGUUAGUUGAUGGUGCUAUUAAAAUCAAGUAUUCAGAAAAGACUCCUGGAAAUUUAUUAGAAGCAGGAAAAUUAUUUUACAUUCCAUCAAACAAAAUGUUACAAUGCAGCCUCUUUGUGAAGUCCACUGCAGUUUUGUUACGGUUUACGGGAACAAUGCUUUUUGAGGUUUGUCAAGUUUACCCAAGGGCUGUUCUUAAUAUACCGAGCACUGCAAAAUGAGUAUCAGAAAUAUGAGGAAUUUCGAUGGACACUCGCAUUAUUUUUUACUUUAUGGAACCUACAUCUGUGCAUGCAUUGAACCGUGGAGAUCUCUUGGUCCCCGGUUCAAUUCUCAUUGCUGCCCUCCAUGUGUUUCAGCUCAAGGGCUGAAAUUCAAGUUUCAAAAGCACACUGACUUUCGGAUGAGACCUUUAAGCUGUUGGUCCUCUGUGCAAAAUAGCCCAUGUGCCGAUGUACACUCUUCUGAAUAGAGUACUGUAGCUGCUUGUGUACUGCCCAAUUACCACCGGAAGGACCCCACUACAAAUUAUUGCAAGAUCAGGAUAACCCGCUGGACUAUUACAAUUGAGGAAGGAGAUCUUGGGGGCUUGAGGAAUUUUACCUUUAUAUUUUGCAUAAAACUACAGACUCCUAUCUUAAUACAUCUUCAUUUUGGUGAGCGUGUAUUAUUAUUCUUUUUGUAAAAUGUAAUAUAAUAUGAGAUAUCAAGUCUCUUGAUGCUCAGACUCUUAACCUCGUUGUCAGUGGUAGGAAACUCUCGUUUUGCAAGUCGCUUGUGUCCUUGAGCAAGACACUUAAUCUGUGUUUUUUGUCUGUCUACCCAGGAGUGUAAAUGGGUACCAGCAGAUGCUGGGAAGGUAAACAAACUUGCUGUGAGGAGUAACAAUCCGAUUGUACAGUCUGGCCCCAUUGAUUAAGAAAUAGAGAUAUGCACUCCAGACUUCGACUACCUUUAUUAAGCCUGCAGCAAAUAGUUUUAUGAAAUACACCAGAUUUUCUGUAAGUGAUUGUAAACAUUUUAAAGAUGUACUGUCUGUAAUGAACAUGAAAAUUUAAUUCCAAAUUUCAAUAGCUUAACUUUUGUAUAGUAAGUAAGCUAUUAACUCAAGCCUGGUUCAAUAAAAAUUGCUACACUGUCGCUCAGUGUUUUCAGUGCAAUCCUUGUACUAUGUUACAGUCCCUGAUGCAAUCGAGAAGGCUUCCCAAUUCGACUGACCAAUCAGCAUCACCGAAAGCUGUUGGUUAUAGUGUGCAGUGAUUGUAUGGAAACCAAGCUUAACAAUUAAACAUUUAAAUGAGAAAAAAUUUCAGUUAACAGUACCUUACAUAUAUUUUGACAUUUAAAUUAGCUGGGAAUCAAAUCAGGUUUUAUAUACAGCAGUAAAAUAUCUGUAAAUCACCUUGAAAAUACAUUUUAUUUCCAAUUUGUUUUGCAUUAACAAUUAAUUACAAAUUUUGAUUAAAUUCUUGAGAUUUCCCUUUCUAUUUUUUUUUGUUUUUGUUUUUUUGGCAGACUUAUGUCCUAAAUAGCAUAAUAAGCUUUUGUUUAUACUGUGAGAUCACAAUACACUGAAAUCAAGUUGUUUUUUUUUGGUUUUUUUUCAGUAGCAAUUAUACUCUCUGAACUUCAAUUAAAUCAGUGAAAAAUGUUAUUUUAAAAAAUGGCAUUUAGAUGUUAGUAUCAAAUCAUUAUUUUUGUUUAAAAAUAUCUAGUUGUUAAAGAGCUAUAGAAAAUAGAGGGCGCUAUUUCUGCAGUAUUACCAGAGCCGUAGAUAGAGAGAGUUUGGCCAACUCUGUUUCACGGGAUUCGAUAUACGUGCGUGUGAUUGGGUGGAUCACAAUCACAUGACUUACACCGGCCAUGUUGUCACCAAAACAAAACAUCAAAGCUAUACGUGCGCAUGCGCCUGUGCUUUUUGGUAACGAAAUGGCGUCCAUGCGCCAAGUUGGCCAAACUCUCUCUAUCUACGGCUCUGAGUAUUACAAGUAAUUCAUAUCCAGGACCUGUGUAUAUUAGAUUUUUUUUUUGCUGUAUAAAAUUUUUUACUGUAAUGCCACAGAUUUAGCAUUUUUGUUACAAACAUUUAAUAUUGAUUUAAUUAGAUAUUUUAUACCUGCCAGCUUUGUUGGCGUCUAAGGUGCCCUAUAUGUGAAAAUCACGAAAUAGAUCGCCCUGUAUAUUAUAUUUUUUAUAUUAAUUGUGAUCGAACUGCUACUGAUUACAGUUACUUGUCGGUAUACCUUUGUUGAAAGAAAUUUAUAUGGCUUCUAUUUACAUUUAAAUGAUGAAUUCACUCGAUUUUUAUGAAUUUUAUGGUUAUAUACAUUUUAUUUUUUAUGAAAAUGUUAUUAUGCGUGAGAAAAUACAACGUAUGAGUGAGACGUAAAAAGUGGAUGCCCAUGCUAAGAGUUGGCAGAGUCUCACGUAUGGGCAUCCACUUUUCACGUCUCACGCAUACUCAUAAUGCAUAAUAUUUUGUAAAAAAAAAAUUUAAAAAAAUUUAGAUUCAUAUUUUUAUUAUUUUCCAAGUCAUGUUUACAAAUUAUGAUAUUCUAUAGUUUUUUAUUUAUGGAAAUAAAUAAUUAUAAAGUGUAUUAUAUUUUUUCUAAAAAAAAUAUGUUCUAUAGAUAUUUAUCACAUCACCAUCAUACACACAAUCAUAAUUAUUAUUAUAAACAUCAUAAUAUUAUAUUAAUGAUCAUCCUUAAUAGUCAUUUUGUUAAUAAACAUCAUUAUCACAAUCAUAAUUAUCAUCAUCAUCAUUAGUAUAAUUUCUGAGCCUUUUGUACUUGCCAAAAUAAUAAAAUUUAAAAAUAAGAACAUAACCUUUAAUAAACAUCUCUUUUUUUUGGCUGGUAACAGAAACACAGUAGUCAAACACGGUCAAUCUGUAUAUAUUAGUUUAAUAUGCAUGUCAUAUCUAUAACAAAAUAUGAACACUAACCUGGUUAACAUUAACCUGGUUAAUAAUGUCAACCAAUAUGACUACAAUACCAAAAUAAAAUAAUGGUGUAAUAAUAGUUUGUAUCAAAUUUAUUAAAUAAUAUUUGUUUAUUGUGUAGUAUUAUUUUUCAUUGAAUCAUACUUGUUAUUGAAUGCAAUUUUGUUUUAAGUAGUGUUGCCUUUAUUGUAUGUUUUUAAUUGUUUAAUUAUUCAUUAUAUUUUAUAUGUCAUUUUAUUUAUUUUUUUAAUGCAAAAGGAGUUUAUGAUGAAUAAAGAAUAUAUGAAACUUCAGUUAGCAAAGAAA